CGAUAUAAUCCCAACUGAAUUUAUGCGCUAAUCCAUCCCGGAUUACGCCGCUAAUCCUUAUCCGGACGAGCUAAUCCGUCGCGCGUUUCAAACGAGUCCACUCCUCCAGAUCAGUAUAUAUAAAAGCCUAAAAGGCAACCUCGUGCGGUUUGUUCGUGCUGCUCCUCCUCCUCUCUGAUCCGUAGUACGCUCUGCUGCUUCCGGUUUCCAAUCUGAGAGGGAGGGGGGGAUUCGAUUCGAUUCGCGUGGGAGGCGGGGCGAGGCGGCGGCCAUGGUGGGGCGGAGCUCCCUCCCGGAGGGUUCCCUCUUCCUCGGAUUCGACAGCUCCACUCAGUCCCUAAAAGCUACUGUGCUCAACAAUGAACUAAUAAUAGUGGCAUCAGAGAUUGUUAAUUUUGAUUCUGAGCUACCACACUACAAAACUGAAGGCGGUGUCUACAGAGAUCCUGCAGAUGAUGGCCACAUUUUUUCACCAACAAUCAUGUGGGUUGAGGCUUUUGAAUUGGUACUUGAGAAGUUAAAGCCAAAGAUCAACUUCAGCAAGGUUGUGGCCAUUUCAGGGAGUGGACAACAACAUGGCAGUGUUUAUUGGAAGAAGGGUAGUCAUACUGUGUUGUCUUCCUUGGAUCCUACUAAGAGCUUGUUAUCCCAGCUCAAAGAUGUGUUUUCUACGAUGGACUCGCCAAUAUGGAUGGACAGUAGCACAACUAAACAAUGUAGAGAAAUAGAAAAUGCAGUAGGGGGAGCAUUGGAGCUAUCAAAGCUGACAGGGUCUCGUGCCUAUGAGAGGUUCACCGGGCCUCAGAUCCGGAAGAUCUACCAAACAGCUCCACAUGUUUAUGAAGAUACUGAGAGAAUAUCUUUGGUGAGUUCGUUCAUGGCAUCAAUCCUGGUGGGAAACUAUGCAAGUAUUGAUGAGACUGAUGGUGCUGGGAUGAACUUGAUGGAUAUAAACCAGAGGGCAUGGUCAAAUACUGUUUUAGAGGCAACAGCUCCUGGGCUUGAAGAUAAGCUUGGAAAAUUGGCGCCAGCAUAUGCAGUAGCUGGCCGAAUUGCUCCUUAUUUUGUAGAAAGGCUUCAAUUUGAUAAGAAUUGUUUGGUUAUUCAGUGGUCUGGAGACAAUCCUAACAGCCUUGCAGGUUUAACUCUGAAUACUCCUGGUGAUCUUGCAAUUAGCCUUGGUACUAGUGAUACAGUUUUUGGCAUCACUGCUGAGGCUAAACCAAGUCUUGAAGGUCAUGUUUUUCCUAAUCCUGUUGAACCUGAUGGUUACAUGGUGAUGCUGUGCUACAAAAAUGGUUCUUUGACACGAGAAGAUGUGCGGAACCGUUGUGCAGAGAAAUCCUGGGAUGUUUUCAAUAGCUAUCUAGAGAAAACUACACCCCUGAAUGGUGGUAAAUUAGGAUUCUACUACAAAGACCAUGAAAUUCUGCCUCCACUUCCUGUUGGCUUCCAUCGUUACAUUAUUGAAAACUUCGAUGAUGCCACAUCCAACAAUCUGGUCGAACGUGAGGUGGAAGAAUUUGAUCCGUCAUCUGAGGUCCGUGCCAUUGUCGAAGGUCAACUGUUGUCCAUACGAGGCCAUGCCGAGAGAUUUGGCAUGCCAAACCCUCCCAAGCGGAUCAUUGCAACCGGUGGAGCAUCCUCCAACGAGCGCAUCCUCCAUUUGAUCGCGCAGAUCUUUGGCUGUCCUGUCUUCACCGUUCAGAGACCUGAUUCUGCGUCGCUUGGCGCGGCUCUGAGAGCUGCCCAUGGCUGGCUGUGCAGCGAGGAAGGGAGCUUCGUGCCCAUCUCCUGCAUGUACAAUGGCGACCUGGAGAAGACCUCCCUGGGCGCAAAGCUCGCCGUCGCAGCAGGAGAAGGCGUGGAGGACAGGGCGCUCCUGGAGAAGUACACGGUGCUCAUGAGGAAGAGGAUGGAGAUUGAGAGGCGGCUGGUGGAGAAGAUUGGGCGCACGUAGGGUAGGGUGGCUAGCAGCAAGCAAAGAUGCUUCUUUUUUUGAGGAACAUGAGCAAACUUUAUUAUUAGAAAGGGAAAUGAAAACAUUGGUGGUAGAAACUAUAUAUAAUUUAGUGGUAUGCCAAGAUCAUCGAAUUCUUGUGCACGGAUAAAAAUAAUUGUAAAGUUGCAAACCAAACAAACUCAGUGGUUCUUUCUGUUCAUCAAUGAGGUGAAAACUUCUCUCUCUUUUGGAAAAUGAGAUGGUACUUGUUUGGAUAGCUUAAAUUCUUGUU